UCGUCUAUCUCGAUCGUCGCGCCAUCUGUAGAAAUAAAAUGAAUAAAUUUGGUAACACCCGGUACCACUUCUGUUUCUACCUCCGUGAGAUCAGCAUCCCAUAGAAGCACCAGACAAUCGACAAUGGCAGACCUCAGCCCCAAAGACGUCGAGAAAGCAGAAUUUGCGUUCUCCAUCUACGAUGCCGACGGUACCAACGUCAUCGACUGCGUCGACCUUGGAAACGUUUUACGAGCCUUGAACCUCAAUCCGACAAAUGCAACAAUUGAAAAACUGGGUGGUACCAAAAAGAAAGGCGAGAAAAAAAUGAAGUUGGACGAGUUCCUGCCAAUCUUCAGCCAGUGCAAAAAGGACAAGGAGCAAGGUUGUUUCGAAGAUUUCGUUGAGUGUCUCAAGCUUUACGACAAGCAAGAAAAUGGAACCAUGCUAGCCGCCGAAUUGUCUCAUACGUUACUCUCGCUCGGUGAGCGCCUUGCCGAUGCCGAAGUCGAGACGGUGCUAAAGGAUUGCAUGGAUCCGGAAGACGACGAUGGCUUCAUCCCUUAUACUCCAUUCUUGAAGAAGAUGAUGGUGCUUUUGUAAGCUGUCCGGAUGCCAUUGGUACACUGAGGUCAUCGAUCCGUUCCUACGCAGAUUGUGCGAAAGAGCACAAGAGGAGUCAUAGAUACAAACAAAUUUCUUCGACUCUUCGGCAAUUACCUUUCUAAACUACGCAUCGGCGAAGGACACGUUUGUCAUAUUCAUCAUGCUCUCUUCAUCCCUUGUUAAUUCAUCGCGCGAUCAGCACGCUGAUCGCAUCUCUUCACAUUUCCGUAUAAAAUUCAUUAAAAAGAUAAUAAAAAGAACAAAAAAAAAACGAAGAAAAAGUAACAUCCAUAAAAGUCCUCGGGAUUAUCCUUCGAACGAGAAGCGAAAAGAUCAUCGGUUUUCAAGAAAAUGCACGCGAAGAAAUAGGGGAAAAAAGGACAAUCACUUUUCAAGUACACAAUGACAGCUAAGAAAGACGCUCGCUUAAUAAACACGAUCUCGCGUCUAGGGUCAUAUUUUAAAAAGAUUUGUACAAAGUUUGACUAAACGAUCGGUUUUCAGUUACACACCUCGUAUUGUUACUUUAAUAAAUGACAUUCCUCGUGACUCGGGGAUUGCCAAUAAUAAAA